AUGGUCAAACUCCUUACCUACGCCAGCGUGGCACUGUACGCCUUGAGCCAGGUCGUCGAUGCUGCUACCAUUAGCACGAACCGCUUGACGCUGGAAAAGACGAGGACUGGCGUGAAUGGACACACAUACACGCACACGCACACCCAGACCAAGUCGCAGACGUUCUCCAAGACGCACACUCCGUCGACCCGCACUAAGACUAAGAGCAAGAGCAAGACUCGCACGUCCUCUACCCACACUCCCACCCACACUACUUCUACCCACACCCCCGCGUCUCCCACGCACACUCCGACGACGCGUACCAAGACUAAGAGCAAGACUCACACUUCCUCUACCCACACCACGGCUUCUCCUACUUCUAAGACGACGAGCGCUACCUCCUCAUCGACCAAGAAGACGGGCACCAAGAAGAGCACGAGCACGAGCACGAGCACUACCCACGCCACGGUGUCUCCUACUUCCUCCAAGACGACGAGCAGCACCUCCUCGGCGACGAAGAAGACCGAGACCGGCACGAAGACCACACUGAGCACCACUACCAAACCCACUAGCACCAAGACUACCAGCUCCAGCUCUAGCACGAGCACAAGCAGCUCUAGCACGAGCACAAGCAGCUCCAGCUCCAGCUCCAGCUCCAGCUCUAGCACCAGCUCUAGCACGACUAGCACCAGCACCAGCAGCACCAGCACCAGCACCAAGACCUCCAGCACCAGCACGGCCAAGCCCACCCCGACCAACCCCUACACCCCCGGCUCGUGCGAGUACCACGAGUUCUACUACCCCAGCUACACCGACUCGGACGCCGUCACGUACCGCUUGGACUGUGGUCAGCAGAUUUUGGGAAUUCCCACCGGAGCUCUCCCGGCCAGCAGCUUUGAUCAGUGCUUCGAUCUCUGCGACCAUGCUUUCCUCUGCUCCUCCUUCACGUACGAGCUCGGCGUGUGCAGUUUCUUUGGCUUGGGUGUUACGCUUGUCCCGCAUCCUUUUGCGGACAGUGCGGUGCGCGCUUAG